CAGGCCGUCGACCAAAAGAAGGAUGACUUUCGCAAGUACCUGGAAAAGAACGGCAUCAUUGAUGCCCUGACUAAAGUCCUGGUUGGACUCUACGAGGAGCCCGAGAAGCCAGAGAGCCCCAUCGACUUUAUCAAGCAAUUCCUCGGCGGGCCAUCGGAUGUCGAUGUCGAGGCCCUGCGCGCCGAGAACGACGAGCUGAAGCGCAAGGUCGAGGAGCUGCAGCAGCGGCUCGACGAACUGACUGCA